AAUAAUACGGUCGACGACAGAGCGAGCGGACGACAGUCGACAGGCGGAUCGCUAAUUAAAACCGGCGAACCUGUUCCGCGGCAUCCCAACCGAGGCGGCGUGGUGGACGUAAACACCUGUAAUCGUGGGCCGUCGUCCACUCAGUUAUCACAUAUUUGAGCAGCAGCGAUGACUUUUUGCCUGAACAUCGCUGCCUGAUAAGCCGAUUUGCGUCUCCAUUUCGCUGUGCUUCCAUGGGCCUUCCGUUCUUCUCUGGCUGUCUUCUCACUUUCCGCCCGCCGAACUCUCAGUAUCCGUUCGAGUGGCUUGGCGCUCGCUGGCCCAAGAAUGUUGGGUCUCUCGCGAUACGAAUCGUCGUGCUCAUCGGGCUUGUGGGACCAGCUCUCGGUGUUGAACAAUGAUUUUAAAAUUUUAGAAUUGUCUGACCCCUUUUCGACACCCUUGCAAUGGAUGCUUCACAGCACUGUGCUGACAGCACUUCCCAACACUAUUUGGGCGCCAAAUACAGAGUUGCAUUUGGCGAGUACAACUUUUAUCCAAAUUUCGAACGAGAAUACAACCCGCUACCAGCUUCUGACCCCAAAAUGGGAGUAUACCCAUCUGGAUCCUGCGCAUGGCACCUGCCAAGCGGUGGAAAAGCGCCUGCCACGGAUUGCCGCCCUGGAAGUGUAGAUGCAACCCUAGCAGUUCACCGAC